GAAGAAGAAGAAGAAGUGUUGAGCUUUGAAAAGUCCCUCCGUGGGAUCUCUUUGGUGAGCUCAUGGCGUCACCCGGCUCUCUGUCUCUGCCGGGUCUCCAGCAGCCGUCUGUCUACCUGGUGGACUGUUUGAAGAUUCCAGCACACCUGGGAGCUGCUGAGAGUCUGCAGCCUGAAGGUGAGCAGCUGACAUUAGAGUCCCUCCAGAAACACAGCCAUACAGAAUCAGAACCAGACUCAUGAUGAACAGACAGAAACCUGGAUCAGAACCAGACUCAUGUUGAACAGACAGAAACCUGGAUCAGAACCAGACUCAUGUUGAACAGACAGAAACCUGGAUCAGAAUCAGACUCAUGAUGAACAGACAGAGACCUGGAUCAGAAUCAGACUCAUGAUGAACAGACAGAAACCUGGAUCAGAACCAGACUCAUGAUGAACAGACAGAAACCUGGAUCAGAACCAGACUCAUGUUGAACAGACAGAGACCUGGAUCAGAACCAGACUCAUGUUGAACAGACAGAGACCUGGAUCACUGGUUCUGCAGGGUUCCUGCUUCAGUGUUUGGUGUGGCGCCGGGCUGCAUCAUGUUCCUGUUUUAAAUGUGGUUUUAUAAAUGACCCGUUCCCUACAGAUGGACCCCGGGUCCUCGUGGUGAGGGGUCUUUCUGUCUGCUUGGUGGACUGCAUGAGAACUCCAGGACUGAGAAGCCAGAUGGUCCACUUGGCAGCAGAGCAGACUGAGGCCAGCGUGGACUUGGAGUUGAAAGAGGAGUAUGAAGGAAACCAGCUGAUGUACCUGAAGGAGGACGAGCUGGACCAGCACCCAGACCGGUGCGGCACUGGAGCAGAUAUCUGUGACGACGGCUCCGACCGCGAGGGGGAUGGCGGCGGUGGCUCAGGUGGCGUCAUUAGUCUCAAACAGGAUCAGGAACUUUGUGACACCAAGUCACAGACCCGACCUUCACAUGAUGCCACCACGUUGGUGCCACAUGAAGAAGAAGCCGAGGAGCCCGGAGGUAAAUGUUUGAAUCUGAACCUGAAGGAUUUAGAGACUUACCGUCAGGAUGAUACGUCUGAACUUCUCUCUCUCCUCUGUGUCCUCCAACAAUAAAACUUUAGAGACGAACCAGCAGGAAGACUCGUCCAGACCGCGGCGUCACCAGUGUGAGCAUUGUGGGAAAUCUUUCAGGAAGAGGAGCAGCGUCCUCCGACAUCAACGAUAUCGCUGUAGCACCACAAGAGACACAACAAGUCAUCCAGAGUCAGAGCAGACGGGGGAGGGGAUGUACCCCUGCAACCAAUGCAGCCUGACCUUCAGAACUGAACGCCACUUACGGCGACAUGUGCACGCUCACAGAGAAAAGAGUGAAGACAUAUCUGAAGAAGCACCCCGAGAGAGACUUCAUGUCUGUACACAAUGCAUGAAGAGCUUCUACUCAUCGGGAGCCCUGCGGCAGCACCUCCUCAUCCACUCUGGAGAGAAACCAUACAUCUGUGAUGUGUGCGGGAGGCGGUUUGGGAGGGAGGGCACUCUGAAAGAGCACCAGCUGAUUCAUUCAGGGGACAAACUGUUCACGUGUAAACAGUGUGGCAAGACCUGCGCCCGGAAGGGAGACCUGAAAACACACAUGGUCAGUCACUGUGAGGAGAGGCUGUACAGCUGCAGCUGCUGCACCAAAAGCUUUAAACUGCUGGGAAAACUGAAGAGGCAUGAGCGGGUCCACACAGGGGAGAAACCGUACCAGUGUGAUUUGUGUCCCAAACGCUUUGGACUGCAGAGGUCACUGGCAGAUCACAGGAUUACCCACUCAGGAGAGAAACCCCACAAGUGUACGCUGUGCCCUAAAUCCUUCAGCAACAGAAACAACUUAAAAAAACACAAAAUGAUACACACAGGGGAGAAACCACACGGCUGCUCACACUGUGACAAACGCUUCCGGCUGCUGCAGCAUCUCAUCAACCACGAGCGCAGGCACACCGGAGAGAAACCAUACAAAUGUGAACAAUGUGAGAAAGCUUAUAGUGACCCAGCAGGUCUGAGAAAACACCAGUUAUCUCAUGUGGAGAAACCACCACGCUGCUCCCUGUGCAGGCAGGACUUUGAAGACCUCACUGAGCUGACCAGUCACAAGUGUGACAAGCCUGCAGAGAGACCGUACCGCUGCUCACAGUGUGGUAAGUGCUUUACUCAAGCAGUGAGCCUGAGGAACCAUCAGCUGAUCCACACAGGGGAGAAACCUUACGAGUGCAAAGAGUGCGGGAAACUAUUCAACAACAAAAGCAACCUCAACAAACACAUCCGCCUUCACACAGGCCUGAAGCCCUUUGAGUGUGACAUCUGUAUGAGCAGCUUCAGUCUCCUGCAUCACCUCACCACCCACAGAUUAACCCACCGCAUAGAGACCCCCUAACAUUAACCCACAGCACAGAGACCUCCUAACACUAACCCACAGAACAGAGACCCCCUAACACUAACCCACAGAACAGAGACCCCCUAACACUAACCCACAGCUCAGAGACCCCCUAACACUAACCCACAGCACAGAGACCCCCUAACACUAACCCACAGCACAGAGACCCCCUAACCCUAACCCACAGAACAGAGACCUCCUAACACUAACCCACAGAACAGAGACCCCCUAACACUAACCCACAGCUCAGAGACCCCCUAACACUAACCCACAGCACAGAGACCCCCUAACACUAACCCACAGCACAGAGACCCCCUAACCCUAACCCACAGAACAGAGACCCCCUAACCCACAGAACAGAGACCCCCUAACCCACAGAACAGAGACCAUGUGGGGGUGCUUUAAAAGCGCCUACCUUCUCUGGUCCAAACAAAUAGUAAAUGGACUUUUCUAGUCUUCCGACUACUCUAAGCUCUUUUACACCGCCUGUCACACACACACACUUUCACACACUGUUGGUAGUGAUCGCUAUGUAGUAUCAUCAGAAGUAACUAAUCCCAUUCAUACACCACCACUGAAGCAGUGGGAGCAAUUCAGGGUUAAGUGUCUUGCCCAAGGACACAUCGGACAUGUUGCUCAGCAGGGGAUCGAACCCUCGACCUUCCGGUUGAGAGGCGACGACUCUACCAACUAUGCCAGAGCAUUCAGGAGCAGAAUCUAAAGUUAGAAGGAGGACAUACUGGCUGCUGCAUUGUUGUCAGAGAAGCCAGCACUUCAACAUGUUUCCUUAAUGAUCAGAUAGUAACUUUAUCAUCUACCUCUCUACACAUCUCACUGGUCUUUAAUGUGAACAGUAACGUGUUGUUGUUGUUGUUGUUGUUGUUGUUGUUGUUUAAAGACUCAAACAGACCCAGAUUUGUCUUCUCUAUAUAUUAAAUCUACAUAAUUUCCCUUCAUGAUGAAAAUAAUGACUCAUGACCUGAGCAGAGAGGACUUGAUUCAUGUUCUUCCUCCGUUUCACAGAGUGGGACAGGAAGUCAGAAACAUUACAACAUCCAGUUUAAUUUCAGAAUAAAAGACUUUGAUUGGACCUUCUGUGAGUUUAUAUCCAGUUUUAUACAUUCAUCGUAUUAACUCGUGCUGUCCAGAGUGAAUCUGUAAAGUUACGGCGAAGAUUCCUUUGAAUUCUUUUGUCUCGGCACUCCAGCUGACGGCGGCGCUCUCCAUGCUGCAGACGGAGGACGCCGCCGGUGGGUGACGGGCGAGAUGGAGUGUAACGGAGCGGACACG